AGAAAAAAAACGUCAUCAUGAAUCUGUUUUGGAAAAAAAAUACAUGAAAAAUAAAUAUUAUGUGGCUAAAUUAUCUAUAAUGUGACUUCAAGAAAGGUUUAUCAAAACUUAUAAAAUUACUUCUGUGAUAUGCCAGGGCCCGAUGUUAGAGCGGAUAAAAAUGUACUGGGCGAGAUGUCUACAGAGCCUACAGCGACCGUACAUAGUGGGGUCGAGGCCAAAGCUGACAGAAAAUUAACAGUAUUGGAGACUCAUGGAUAUGUGUUAGGAAGAACCAUAGGUUCUGGAUCGUAUGCAACAGUUAAGGUAGCAUCAAGCGACAGACACAAUUGCCAAGUGGCAAUAAAAAUAAUAAGCAAGUUCCAAGCACCCGGCGACUACCUGAAAAAGUUUCUGCCAAGAGAAAUAGAAGUUGUGAAAGGCUUAAAGCAUGAAAAUUUAAUACGUUUCCUACAAGCAAUCGAAACUACUCACAGAGUGUACAUUGUAAUGGAGUAUGCUGAGAACGGAAGUCUACUGGACAUCAUACGGAAGGAUCAGCACAUCGACGAAGUCCGCGGCCGACGAUGGUUUCGCCAGCUGGUGGAGGCUGUAGAUUAUUGCCACGAUAGAGGUGUUGUUCAUCGGGACAUAAAAUGUGAAAAUCUCCUAAUGGAUCACGGCCUGAAUAUCAAAUUGUCAGACUUUGGUUUCGCACGAGGUCACAUGAAGCCGAAGAAUGGAGUGUACGCUUUGAGUGAAACCUUCUGUGGCAGUUAUGCUUAUGCCUCCCCAGAGAUACUCAAAGGAGUUCCAUAUAGACCACAAGAUUCUGAUAUCUGGAGUAUGGGAGUUGUGCUCUACGCUAUUGUCUACGGACGUCUGCCUUUCGAUGAUACUAAUUAUACGCAACUUCUUAAGCAGGUGCAAAACAAAGUAUCAUUCCCGAGGGAACCAAAAGUGUCAGCCGAUUGUCGCAAAUUGAUCACAAGAAUCCUCUCGCCGCUCAAAGUUCGCGUCAAGAUCCCACAGAUACUCGCUGACCCCUGGCUGAAUCCCAAUCAACCAGCCAAAGUUGAUGAAAGUGAAGCACCACAGGAAAACGCACAUUCCAGUAAAGAUGAAAUAAAAAGUGUAAAUAUUGGCACUGUAACUUACGACAGACAUUUGGAAGAAGUAAAGUAAUCUACAGUAUAAAAAGUUAAAAACAA